GUUUAUUGAAUAAAAGAUAAUAUUACGGGCGCGUGUUUAUAUUGAUGAUGUUAAUAUUUUUAUAAAUGUUCUCCUGCCAUCAAUCAUUGUUUUGAAAUAUCGUCAUAGAGUUACUGCAGUUUCUUUUUCUUAUUUAUGUGAUUAGAAAUCCGAAUGAUAAGAACAUUAGCUCAAUAAGUUUCAGUUCAAUUUUACUUUCUAUUGAUUGAUAAAAAAAAUUUACCAUGGAAAACGAAAUGAAAUGUUCGGCUCUACAUCGCCGAUAUAAUGAUGAUGGCUAUGCAACAAAGACUAGCAUCGAACAGAUGCGUGUUGAAAAAUCUGUCGAACAUCUUUAUGAUGUUUUUUUUGAACAGGAUUAUAAUGAUGAUGAAUCCACCAACAAAAUAAUUUUGUUACGAGCUGAACAUAUAGAAUAUCUCAAAAAUGGCCUAUUCAAACCUUUGGAUCAUAAUUUUUUCGUAUUGGAUACUUCACGUUCAUGGAUGGUCUAUUGGAUUAGUUUGUCCUUGAAUUUAUUGGGUGAAUCUGAUUAUCUAAAAGAAAACAGUCUCAAAAUAACUAGUUUUCUACGAAAUUGUGAAUCACCACAUGGCGGAUAUGGCGGUGGUCCAGGACAAGAACCACAUCUGGCCGCAACAUAUGCUGCUGUUAAUGCCAUAGUUACUAUUGGUAAUGAAAUUGCCUUUGAUUCGUUGAAUCGUGUUGCAAUCGAAAAAUUUUUGCGCCGUAUGCAACAAUCAGAUGGUUCAUUUACCUUACAUGAAUCCGGUGAAGUUGAUAUCAGGGGUGCUUAUUGCGCUUUGUCCGUCGCUAAAUUGUUGCACAUUCCAACGCAUCCGGAAUCCGAUCUUUUUCGUGGCACAGCCGAUUGGAUUCUUUCAUGUCAAACAUAUGAAGGUGGAUUUGGUGCUGCACCUGAUCAUGAAGCUCAUGGUGGUUAUACAUUUUGUGGUGUUGCAGGAUUAGCUUUGCUCGAUCAACUUGAUCAUUGUGAUUUAGACGCUUUAAUGAGAUGGACAGCUAAUCGACAGCUUUCAUUUGAAGGUGGAUUCAGUGGACGUACAAAUAAACUGGUCGAUGGUUGUUAUUCAUUUUGGAACGGUGCCGUCUUACCGAUUAUACAGAGUUGGAGAGCACAAAAAAAUCUAAUGGUAUCACCAGAUCAUUGGCUAUUUGAUCAGGAAGCAUUACAAGAAUAUGUAUUGAUUUGUUGUCAAAAUAAACCCGGUGGUGGCCUGGUCGAUAAACCGGGAAAAAAUCGAGAUUUUUAUCAUACAUGCUAUACUCUAUCUGGUUUAUCCAUAGCUCAAAAUUCUUUCAAUAGUCGAAUAGUUAUCGGUGUUUCCGAUAAUUUUGUGGAAACAAUUCAUCCGGUAUUCAAUGUACCAUGUCAAUCCUUAGAAUCAUUACGUGAAUAUCUUAAAAGAAUGGAUAAUCAAGAAGAAUUGAAAUAAACAUUUAUUAUCUGAUUGAUCAAUUUAAAAAUGUACACUAUUUUAUUUUUA